AUGAACACAGUUGAGCCAUCGGCGUCCAACCCGACAGGCUCUCACAACGCCAGCGAGGCCAGAGAUAUCGAUUCAUCCUCAUCACGCUCCCCCACAAAUGCAGACUCCCACCUGUCAUCGUCAAUAAGCAGCAGCCGGUCCCACUCAAGCCUGUCUUCCCGAAACUAUGCUCGAACUCAGCAGUCCCAGCAAUCACAGACGCCCUUCACAGAGAGCACCCCGAUAAAUGCGGGCAGCUCAUCGCGUGGCUAUCAGGCUACUGAGCCCCCCAACGCGCACGGGGGAUAUAAAAUUGGCGACGGGAAUAACGCCGGUCCCACCAACCAAUCCAGUCAGACUAAUUAUCCCGAGCAAGAGGAUGAACACCAUCGAUCCCGGCUCGGACGAUUUGUGGACCGAUUCGGCUCCCUAGAACUCGAGAACAAGGGUAGUGUUGCACGAGACCAUCUAGCUUUGGAACGAACAUUCCUAGCAUGGAUCCGUACCUCUUUGGCUUUUGCUUCCAUCGGCAUAGCCGUUACUCAGCUAUUUCGUUUAAACACAGCCACAACCAGCACAAAUGCAAAUAGCACAGGCUUACGCAAUAACUACCAAGGAAUACAGUCACCUCAUAAUCCCUCGUCUCUGCUAGACAUAUUCAUCGCCUCACCUCCAGAUAGGGAUAUGUCAAAACUCCGCAGUGUGGGGAAGCCACUCGGCUCUACGUUCAUCGGCGUUGCUAUUCUAAUCUUAAUCAUUGGGUUCCACCGCUACUUUGAGAGCCAGUAUUGGGUUGUUCGGGGAAAGUUCCCUGCUAGUCGGGGUAGUGUUAUUUUGACGGGUUUCGUGGCAGGUGCCCUUAUUAUUGCCGCGUUGGCUGUAAUAUUAGCGGUUUCACCGAGUGCAUAUGAGACCUGA